GACUGUGCUCCAUGCUUGUAAUUGCUACAAAUAAAAAAUAUAUUAUUAUUAAAUAUAUUUGUCUCCGAAGCCUUUUUUGAAGCCACAUUUCUUGUCCUUUUGGUUUCGACGUUUCGUCCACUUUAUCAGAAAAACAGUAACCUGAUAGAUUAUAAUAUCAACUUUCCUAUAUGAUAUAAUAAUAAUAAUCUUAAUAAUAAUAAUAAUAUAGAUAAUUUGCUAUUUAUUAUAUAUCUUCUAUACUAAUCAUAAUGAUGAUAUAAGCGAUUGCACUCUACAUUAUGUUACAUAAAAAUUUUUAAUUUAUGGAGAAUUUAAUUGAAUUAUUUAUAAUUUUAUAAGAAAAGUUUCUAGCAGUAGCGUAUACAAAAUGAUGAAAAAGUGCGAAGUCUUUCUAUCAAAAGAUAAUUUUGCCAAUCCAACAUGGCAGAUGUACCUAGCGAAGCUCCUGAACGUAAAUAUAUAUUGUCCUGGGACGCAAAGCGAGAGUGCUGGCAAAGCUUCAGCAUGCGCAGGGUGUCCGAAUCAAUCACUGUGCUCGUCUGGAGCUGCCAAGCAGCCAGAUCCUGGCAUUGCGCUCGUGAAGGAAAGACUUUCCUUGGUGCGGAACAAGCUGCUGGUGCUUUCGGGUAAGGGAGGUGUAGGCAAGAGUACCGUGACAUCGUUGCUAUCCAGGUGCAUCGCGACAAAUAAUCCUGAUAAAAAUGUUGGAGUACUAGACAUUGACAUUUGUGGACCAUCGCAGCCAAGGGUACUUGGAGCGCUUGGUGAGCAGGUUCACCAAAGUGGAUCGGGAUGGUCGCCUGUGUAUAUCGAGGAUAACUUGUCGUUGAUGUCGAUUGGAUUUUUGCUCGGCAGUCCGAGUGAUGCGGUAAUAUGGAGGGGACCAAAGAAGAACGGUAUGAUCAGGCAAUUCCUGUCGGAAGUCGAUUGGGGUAGCCUGGAUUAUCUUGUAUUGGACACACCGCCCGGCACAUCGGAUGAACACCUGUCAGCUACCUCGUACCUCAAAGACGCAGGUGUUACGGGCGCCGUAAUUGUCACAACGCCGCCGCAGGUCGCUCUCUUGGAUGUCAGGAAGGAAAUAGACUUCUGCAGGAAAGUGAACAUUCCAAUCUUGGGCGUGAUUGAGAAUAUGACUAUGUUCGUAUGCCCCAAGUGCAAGAAUACCGCGGAAAUAUUUCCAGCUUCGACCGGUGGUGCGCAGGCGAUGUCGAAAGAGCUGAACGUGGAGUUCUUAGGCUCGAUACCUCUAGAUCCGUUGCUGGCCAGGUGCUGCGACGAGGGUAAAAGUUUUCUCACGGAGAUGCCAGAUUCGCCAACCGUGGACUUCCUAAAUAAGAUUUGCAAACGCAUCGUUCAAAAGUGUGAAGAGGAAAAGGAAAACUGUCCUAACAAUUCCAUACAAAAUACGUAAACGUACUUUUGUACAAAAAUCCAAGUGUAAAUGUACUCGUUAUCGUUAAUUAAAAUUUGCAAGAUUUAUUUCGUUUUAUAUUCGCAACUUUUCAAUGGGUAAUCUUGCGGCUGCUUUAAUCCACAUAAUUUGCAGACUCGAUACAAGUGCGACAGCAUAUAAUAAACGUUUGAUACGUGCUUUGUUACAUGCUAAUUAGACGUCUGGAAGCACUUUCUGUUUAUCGUGUAACGAGCGAUAAGGUAAAAAAUUCGAUAAAGUGCAACAAAUGAUGUUUUAACUUGCGGACUGGUAGCGAUAAUAAGCAUAUAGCAGCGCACACGAACGGUGUGGGCGCUAAUGUGAUUGAUACUGGAAAAAAUACAAAACGUCAAUUAUUUAUU